AAGUCUAGAAGGUGGCCUGAGUCCAUGAAAAAGAAAAAGAAUGAGGUGAAAAGGUACGUGACAUGUAGCUUCGUUGGGUUGUUUUGUUUACCGUCUCUCGGCGGAGCCGUUGAGUUGAACUGAGAACUGAGAGAACUAAAACUCCCAAAUCUCAACAUAUCUUACAAUAUAUCUCUUCCUCCCGCUUUUCGAUUCUAACCCAACAAACACACACAAAAGCUCACCAGUCAUGAAAAACGACUGUCGUUUCGCUCUCCUCCUCCUCCUUUUCUUGACUUCAAUUACCCUUCACACAAAAGCGGAAGUCAUAACCCUAACUCCCGACACCUUCUCCGACAAGGUAAAGGAGAAAGACACGGCCUGGUUCGUGAAAUUUUGUGUUCCUUGGUGUAAACAUUGUAAAAACUUGGGGACGUUGUGGGAUGAGUUAGGAAAGGCAAUGGAAGGAGAAGACGAAAUAGAGAUUGGAGAAGUUGAUUGCAGUGUAAGCAAACCUGUAUGCACUAAAGUAGACAUCCAUUCAUAUCCCACGUUUAAGCUCUUUUAUGAUGGCGAAGAAGUUGCUAAAUAUCAAGGGAAAAGGGAUGUAGAAUCGCUAAAAGCAUUUGCUUUGGAAGAAGCAGAAAAGGCAGCAGAAAAAGCACAGCUAGACACUGAUAAAGAGUUAUAAUCAUUCAAAAGAUCGUGCAUGUAAAGUUUGGAGUAAAGAAAUGUUUUUUAACUAUUUGUUUUAUGUAAAAAAACUCCCAACUGUUAAAUAUAUGUUAAUAUUAAUAUUUUAAAUUAACAUGAUAGAGAUAUCAGACUGAUGCGAAAUUUUACAUGUAUGACAAGUAUGGUUAUAUUAAUAAAUUUAACAGUUAGAUCAUUAAAAUAUCAAUAGUAGAAAAAGUUCUGAGGGUGUAAAACCAUGUUAUUUACAUCACUGCAAGUGGAUUCUUCUCAUUUGAAAGUAUAAAUCUGCUUCUAUGAAACCAAGAUCCAAUGUAAAAAAAUGCAGCUGAUACGUUCCACAAGAUAGGACCAUCUAAGUUCCACUUACAUCCGUUUUACACCGUUUUUAAACCAUUAGAUCAAAAAAAAAUUUAGGGCUGCGAUUAAAACCCAUCUUUCCUCGUUCAUAAAUGGUAAAAUAUUAAUUUUUUUCUUCUUUUUGGCACACAAAAAUUUUCCUUCUCAUUGCUGCAAUAUAUAUAUAUAUAUUUUCUUUUUCUUUCUUUUUUCAGUUCCACUGAAACAGACAAAGAUGAGCAAGAUCAUUAGUCCUCAAGAAAUUAUCUCCAUUUUCAAUUUUUAUUUUAUUAAAAUAUGUUUUUGAAAUCAUUAUUUACGUACUUGUUUUUAUAUGCGUAAGUUUGAACUUCUAGAACUAUUAAACAAAUCAAGAAAACUCAAAUUCGAGAUUGAAA